UAUCACACAGCCUUAUCAUGUGUUUGAAUCUGUGAUUCCUUUUCAAAACACAUAGCAAUAGCAAUGUCUUCAACAAAUUAAGAUAAAUCAAAAGGGGAAAAUAGCCAUUAAAACGCGUAUUGCAGACAUGAUCGAAAAGUCAAGCAGUUUAUGAGGAAAAAGGCGCAUGAGUUUCCAAAGACCUACCUUCAUUGAAGUCUUAUAAAGUAUCUUUUGAUUUUAAAUGUUAUAAAAUACGGACGGCAAACCUAUGAAAGCGCUAGAAAACUCGGACCGGUGCUGCAGAUGGGCGGCAUAGGCAGGACUUUUUAUCUCAAUAUGUUGAAUGGAACCGACGCGCAAAGUUUCGCUAAAGACACAGAUUUAAACAGCCACCUGCACCGCAACCGGGACCUACCGGACUUUAAAAUGGGCAUUCAAGACACGAGGUUUUAUUAUCAGGACUCGAUUCAAAACGGCCAGGACAGUUUGUCUUUGCCCUUCCACGCCGAGCACCACCAAAGCGUCUCCGGCGGAUUCGGGGCGCAGCCGGGGAGGUUUUACGCACCGGCUGCACUCAGCAGCUGUCACUUCAACACCCGCAGCGGCACGGGACACGUAGCGGAUGCAUAUUCAACUAACGGCAAAGACGUUUUUCCAAGCAGCGCAGACGCGUACCCAGCUCCCUUUCAGCACGGAUACCCGCGAACACCGAUGUACUCCUUACCUGGUCUACAGGUGUCGGGGAAGACCCAAGUGCUUCUCAACAACUAUCCACUAUGGGCAAAGUUUCACAAAUAUCAGACAGAGAUGAUCAUAACAAAACAGGGACGGAGGAUGUUCCCUUUCCUCAGCUUCAACAUCAGCUCUCUGGACCCAACGGCUCAUUAUAACAUAUAUGUCGACGUGGUUCUCUCUGACCAGCACCACUGGAGGUACCAAGGAGGCAAAUGGGUUCAGUGUGGAAAAGCAGAAGGCAACAUGCCAGGAAACAGAAUGUAUAUGCACCCAGACUCUCCCAAUACUGGAAAUCACUGGAUGAGACAAGAAGUUUCCUUUGGCAAACUGAAACUCACCAACAACAAAGGCAGCUCAAACAAUGUUGGACAGAUGAUAGUGCUCCAGUCACUUCAUAAGUACCAACCGCGUCUACACAUUGUGGAGGUUAAGGAGGAUGGAACGGAAGAUCCCUUUUUGACCGCAAAAACCCAGACGUUUGUGUUUCCAGAGACCCAGUUCAUCGCCGUCACUGCUUAUCAGAAUGCAGACAUCACUCAGCUGAAAAUAGAUCACAACCCUUUUGCUAAAGGUUUCCGGGACAAUUAUGACACGCUGUACGCACCACCUGAAUCUGACCGCCUUACGCCUUCCCCAACGGAGGGUCAGCAGCUCCUCCCGGGUAGCUGUUACCCUCAUCAGCCCUACCUGUCUGACCAGUACAUGAGCCCUCUCCCUCAGAGUCGGUUUUAUGGUCGUGAGCCUGUCAGCAUGGCCCAGGAGUGUCCCAAAGACCCUACGGCAAGCCCUCACAGCCGCUGGUACCUACCCAGCCAGCAGGGGGUUCCUCCCAACCGCCUCGACUUUAAUGCGUACGAUGGCGAAUACCCUUCAAACAAUCUCUACAAACCCUUUCCGAUUCAGUCCUCCCCCCACCACCCACUGGGCUACUACACCGAUAGCCCCUUCGCCUCCGGUCCGGUGUGUGGUGCCAGCCCAGGUGCGUGGACCUCAGGCAGGCCCUCAUCACAGUACCUUAACCAUCCCCACCACGGUAAACCCGGGUCCAGCCUCAGCUGGCUUCGAACCAUCUCCUCCCCAACUACGUCGUCUUCUCCUUCGGCUACAAACUCCCGGUUCCAUCCAUCCCCGUCGCUUCUGGAGCCCCAACGUCAGCCGCUACUCCAAGACAAGUCCAAAGAGUCUGGGGAUGACCCCUGGAUUGAAGCCCCCUCUGUAAAAUCAGUGGACUCUGGAGACUCGGGUCUGUUUGAAGGAGCAGAGAACAAGAAGAGGCGUGUAUCACCUUACACAUCCAGCACUGAGAAUUCCCCUCCAAACCGCAGCGCAGAGCCUUGCGAAAAGGAUAACUGCAGUGAUGCGGGCUACUACGGCUUCUACGCUCACUGAAGACCACAAAUGGGUUUGAAAUAAAGGAAUACAGCCAACUGUUUUUUUUUUUAAAAGCACAGGUAUCUGAAAUCACUCUAGAAGAGUGCAAAGAUGAACUGAUCUUAAGUUGUGCUUGCAGAACAUUAACAAGCCCAUCCGUUUUUCCCAACAACGCACCAUCGUUUAACCCAACAGAUUCACAGCGUACCCAAACAAGUUUUCUCUACCGUGCCAGACAGCACAAUAAUCUCAGACUGCUUCGUGUUAGGUGGUCCCUUUGUCCUUUAUGUUUCCUGUGUUCGUUGUCUGGGGGUAAGGUCAUUUGGAGGUGUACCGAAGGUCACGGUGAGAUGAAGCGACAGCUUAAGAGCCGAGAUGAUGUGACUGCAUUGAGACACUGGCCUGGAGACACAGACAGACAGACCUGUGCAACUUCAGACGCUUCAGCAGCUGAAGAUUUCACAGCGCACCUGCUGACACUCCCCCAAAGGAACUGUCUCGUCCCCCUCAUCAAACGAACGAAAAACACCUUGCUAAACCCACGCAACGUUCUUUCACACGUACAAACGUACGAUCAAAUAGUUUGUCACAUUCUCGUCUGUCCUCAAAGCGACCAUUCGCCCUAAAAAUGAAAACUCUUAUUUAGUCAAUGUCAUGUCCAAAACUGUUUUAUUGACUUAUGAAGGGAUAUUUUAGCAGAAAGACCAAACUGCUUCUGUGAAAUCCAAAAAGGAGAUGGGCACCUGGGAAAGCACUGGGCACACUAUUCACUUCCAUUGUGUUUGGAAUGACAUGAGGGAGAACAAAUCAUUUUAAGAUCCAUAUAAAAAUUAUUUAAGUGAUUUCAUAUGAUCAUUUACUAUAAACCACACAAGGACAGACAAUUACUUACAGGUACUGUAUCCUAUCUUUGCAAUCCUAAAAAAUGCACUCCCAAUAAGCACAAAGCCAUGGCCACCCAGACAACACAUGCUGAAAUAAAAUAGCCAGUGUCUAUAAGAGCAUGGCUCUGUGUACCACAACUGUGGUUCCAACUAUUAUUAGACGGACAUAAUUUGGUUGAUAGAGUUCAUACGUUAAAGUAUAAAUACUUUAUGUAGUCUAGAGUUCAUGAUAAAAUACCAGGCCUUUUGCAUCAGUCCACUUCGUAUAUGUUCAAAUGAGAAAUUGCACAAUACCUCAUAAGAGCGACAGAAACAAAAACCGAAGUACAAACUGAAAGAAUGUUAAAGGUUAAUAAGUGAGAGAGGACAGCGUGCAGACUCAGGUGCACAUUCUGCUUGCUUUGUUUUUUUUACAAAUUUAACAAAUGUAACAAAUUUUUAACAGUUUAACAAAUGCCACCGUAUACAAAUGAUUUUUAUACCAUGACUCCAAUUUAUCUACAGAAGAUUAAAAGGACUUAAAAUGCAAAAAAAAAGAGAUUUAUUCUUCAAUCUCCAGAGUAAUUUAAAAAAAAGUUAAACUGGCUACUUUUUAGGUGUUAGGCAAAUCUUUUAACCCUUGUGAGUUUGAUUUAUCUGAUCAAUCUGAAUCUCGAUCUGACCUGUAACAAGGACAUACUUAAAGCAACAGCGUCACACCUUGAGGCGUUGCGUAUGACAGCAUGCAGACAGACAGGGUGGAAAAAUGGACACCUGGCAGGGGCUUCAAACUGACUAUACAUCAUCUUUAUUCAAUCAACAGAAUAACAUGCAGACAGCCCACACAUAGACGUCAAAGACACGAUGUAAGAAUAAGCCUUCAGUCUGAGCCUAUCAGGCACGCCUGGCAUUCAGAGGUGAGAACGACCCCAGAUAGAUAAGUGGGUGACAACAGCACUGCAGAGGUUAUGCCAAACAUCACAAUCGUACAUUUACUUUUCUGUGUCUUCCACAUCACACACAAAUGAUAUUAAAGCUAAAAAGUAAAGCUAAACCCAUUGAUAUCCUUCAUUCAGAAAAAAAUGCGGUCACUGGGGCAGUACCCUUCCAAAAAGUACACCUUUGUAACUAAAGAGUUCAUAUUAGUAACUAAAAAGUACAUAUUUUUAACUUUUUUGUUGACAGUGUAUUAAAACCUUACAUUUUCUCCAUAAGUGUUUAUUGAAAUGAUGAAUUUGCUAAAGUGCAUUAUGUUACUUUUGUCAAAAACGUGUGUUGCUAGAAGUUUCCGAGAAACUGUAACGUACUGCGAAAACCAACAUGGCAUUGAUAUUCUGUGGUCACAACUUUAAAAAGUCAGCAAACUGACUCUAACUGCCUCUGUCCUUUAUGUAUGUAUUGGGAUGCGUACCAAAUGAAACAAAAGCAAUUCGAUGUAAAGCCAAUUACUGUAUUAUUUUACAAUGUCAUUGCUGAAUUUAAAGGCCAUGGCCAGUUAUCGGAUAUAGGUGUGCCAAAAAUUAUUUAAGCCCACAAACAUGUUAAAAGACAUCAGUCAAUUUAGACACUGGGAUUUUUGGUAUUCUGUGUAUUGUAAUAAUUUAUAAGAAAUAUUUUGUUAAUGGGUUUUAAGUAUUCAGAUUUUAAAUAAAUAAAUGUAAACAAUGUGGCUAAAAGACAAAAAAACUCUCUUAUUUAACAAACAUUGAAGUACAAUUUGACUUUUAAAGUGCAAUUAAACAGUGUUUCUAUAUGUUAACUUAAAAAGGUGUUUAAUUCAUGUUCCUGUACGUUUUCUUUAUUUUUUACACUUGCACUGAAACCUUUAUUACUGUUGGUGUGUACUUAAAAUACUCGAACGAAUUGUUGUCAUUAGUAAUCAAUCUCUGUUUUGGCUGACCCCUGGUGGACAUGCUCCUCAUAUCUUCAAAGAGUGUCAAUAUCAGGUCUUUUAUGAAAACUAUUUAUAGUAUGUUCUCUAUGGCACCAUCUGAUAUUAGAUUUGUGUAUUUCUGCCAAGCAACA